CAUAAUGUCAAUGCUGUCAUUUUCAUGUGAAUGUGCUGGGAAUUGAAUUGAAAUAUUUCAUUAUAUCGUAAUAUACACUAAUUAAUUAUAGCGUACAAUUUUAAUAGUUAAAUAUUAAAUGUAUUUUAGUACCGUAUAAAAGAAAAUGUCUGACACAGAAGAAAACACUUUGCAAGAAAAUGAUUCGGAAAGGUUGGCCAUCAGAAAUGAACUAUCGUCUUUAUCGUUUGAAGAUCUUCAAAAAUUGAAAGAAAGAGUUGGUUCGAAACUGUAUAAAGAAGUAGUUUUUGGGAAAAAGAACAACCCAGAUACAGGUCCUAAAGUUAAAAUAUUUAAAAGGGAAAACAAGAAUAGGCCAAGAGAAAUGAGUUCAAAAAGGCCUGUAAGAAUGCUAAGGGACACGGGAAAGGUGAAGAAAACAGAGGUUCGAGAUCCAAGAUUUGACCCCUUGUGUGGCGAGUUUGACAAAAAAGAAUUUGCAGAAAACUACAAUUUUCUCUCAGAUAUGCGUUAUGAAGACAUAAAGGCUAUUAGGGCAGAGUUGAAACAGACAACAGAUCCCGACAAAAUUCUUAAGCUGAAGCGUUUGCUGCAGAGUUUGAAUGAACAGCACAGGGCUGGCAGGAAGGCUAAAGUACAACAAGAAAAAGAAAAACAAAAGAAGGAUGUUGAAAAAGUCUUCAGAGAAGGCAAACAGCCUUACUUUAAAAAUAAAUCUGAACUUCGAGUUGAAACAUUAGUGAAUCAAUAUGAAGAACUGAAGAAAGAGGGCGCCGGUCGCAUUCAACGGCAUCUCAAACGUAGACAGCAAAAGAUUAAGAAGCGUUCAAAUAAUGCACCUGUAGGAGAUAGUUAGAUAUUAAAUAAAACUUAAUUACAAA